GGUUCCAUAUAGGUUGCUUCGCAGGUUGUGAUAGUUUUCAUCAGUUUUUGGAUCAACUAGUAAACUAUCUCCUGUACGGUUCACUGCUCCAGUGACCACCUCGUUAACCUAUUGACAUUUGCUGUCUUUUCACAAACUGAUGCUCAGGAUUACCCUCUCUGUUCAAAGAAGUUUCCACGAUAUUUGGUCUCGGCUGUUGAAAGUCCGAAUGCAUCGCGAAACAUAAUUGUCUGCACGAGGAACUACAAGGAAGGUGUACAGUACAGAUACUUGCCGAGUCAUAAAACUGAGAACCACUAAAGGCCCCUGAUCAGGUGCUUACUAUUGGCAAUGGGAUUAUAUCUGAGAUCAGCAUACCGGUACUUCAAAGGGCCUCAGAUCAGUCGAGUAAUAAUGAAUAAUGACAAACGUUAGGAUCGAUACCCAGUGUCUUUUGCGAUCACCUCUUACGAAUCCCGGCAUCAAUUGAUCUUGUCACGAAGGAUCUCGUUACAAAAAUAGUGGCAGUGUACGCGAAGCCGGGGGCAGCAACCACUAUCGGUUUUGGAGAUGAUCCAAAGAGAUAAUUAAGGAAGGAGACAGUUCGACAUCACAGAUAUAGAGAAAUGUUCUUCCCGUGCAUUACUGGUGAAUUAGGUUAGAGAAGUACCAAGUCGUUCUUCGUGUCGGGUUGUUUCCGUGUUUUGGCGCGCUGGCCCAAUGCUCGUUCCAGGAUUAUAGUAGCAUUGUGACCGCAGCUCUCUGCCUAGGUUGGCCACCGAACGAGGAACGUUGCUGCUGCAAAGCUUAGGAGUACGUUCGAAAGCGUGGAAUCACAAGUUGGUUUGUUUAGACCAGGUGGAUUUCUCCAAGAAUUUCACCAACAGGUACCCGCACAGUACGUCCAUCCAAUUCCCCUGACAGAGUACUUGCAUACAUGAUGGUUCAGAUCAGAGAUACACUGCCUGCAACUGAUCCUUCCGACCAUUAACGUUCGAAUACGUGCCUCAAGAUUUCUGGGAUCAACGGGCUCUUCUUGCUUCAGCUAAAGACCCUGUGAUUACAGUUGGCGAAGGGAGGGAUAACAGCUGUUCGCAAAUUGCACGGCUCAUAAUGGAUACCAUGCCUAAUAUAGUAUAUAACACAAGGAAUAUCGCCAGUCGUGUAGCUCGUCCUCUUUUGGAUACACCCUUGGAGGAUUAAUCAAACAAGUGUUAUCUUGGGAUGCAAGCACGAAAGGCCUGUAUCCCUCGAGUACAUGCACUACAGGAUUUCUAGGCCUACAUGCACAUGGUACUGCAACGACACGCCAGCCUGUAUCAACAUAGAUGGUCCUUUAUUUCGUCCCGGGAAAUCCCUUCCAAGACAACAUGGCGUCCUCCUUGAAGGAGCGACUCGUCUUCCUUCUGGCUCUACUAUGCAAAUUAGGCCUUAUUUCGGCACGUGGUGGUGGUGGCCGCGGGCGGGGGAUCAGAGUCUCCCAGGGUGCGUCAGCCGCAACAGCUCACGGGAGUACGGACGCGUAAGUCUUUCAUUCUGUGCUGUGCCGCUGUGUCAGUGUUUAAUCUCGUGUCACCCUCUUUUAUCUUAUCUAGGAAGUGUGUGUGGUCGCGGUGGAGGUGGAGGGCGUGGCCGUGGUGCUAGAGUUAGCGCCGGGGGAGAAUCCGGUUUAACUGGAGCUAAUAAAUCAGAAAUCACCCCCGAGAUUGUCAUGUACAUUCUUGUCAUCAUCGCCUUCUUUAUAUUAUUCUUGUGUUUCUGUCUGUUCAAAGAACCGGAAGAGAAGGAUUACUUCAGCGCACAUGAAAAAGAGGCAUUGAAAAAGUCGAAGGAUUCAGACGUGGAGGUUGUUGACAACCAACCGGAAGUCGACAACCCCGUCUGACGCGCAGUAAUGGCUGACGAGGCCACGUCAGACGGUAACGUCAACAAGGAGAAAAUGGACUCCAAACUCACAGAUAAUGUGAAUAAUGGAACAAGUUUUCAUUUGUUUGAAGAAGCGCACAUCUGUGUUGAAAGAUGUGAGGCCAAAGCCACGAAAUACAGGAUAUUGAGUGUGUUCAAAUGUUAUGACGUCACGAGAUGACGUCACAGCUAGGGGUGUGGUUGUAUGCACUUUGCUUUCGACCACUUGUGUAAGCGUGCCAUCGCCGGACGCACAAACGUUGAUAUUUAAAAUUGCCCUGGAUUGUGCCUGGAACGUGAUUGUGAUGCAUAUGAUUUUGUUGUAUGAAAUAUCAGGUAUUUGUAACUGAAAUUCGUGAUAGAACAUCGAGGAGGGGGAUUCAAUUGAUUGUCACGUGACUAUGACCAUUUUUACGAUCGUUUGAAGAUGCUGACAUCCUCAUCAACGUGAGGAAACGAUCUCGUUUUCAAAGAAGUAGUGGCUACACUAUGAUAAUUCGUCCGGGAUAAUUUGUCUCCAGAUAAUAAUGUCACCGGAUAACUCAUCCCCGAGGAUAAUUCGUCCCUGGAUAAUUCGUCCACGGGGAUAAUUCGUCCCUGAAUACAUUUGCUUGAAACAAAUAGUGUUAUUUUGUCAGUAAAAAAUGGGGUGGGUUUGAAACAGAUUUCAUAAAUUGGGUUCUUGUGAAAUUUCAUUCGUGUAUUUAUUAAAAAGAUAUUGAAGGGUUCAUCUUGCCUGAAGGGUUUUCCUCUGUAAUGAACUCUAAAACACCUUUUCAUCAAUGCAGGACGCUUCUGAGAAAGGAACUUUUGCAGAGAUACAUCAAUUUCGUUUAAAACGAUUUUAAAAGUACCACGCUUUUUCAGAUUUUGGGGACGCAUUAUCAUAAGGGACGAAUCCUUUUUUGAAUAUAGGGGACGAAAUAUCCGGAGGUGGACUUAUUAUCCAGGUAAGAAUUAUCCUCUUGUGAGGAUUAUCCGCGGGAUGUGUUUUCCGCCGAAAAAUUAUCCAUGGAAGAAGAAUCGAGGAUAAGUUAUCUUGGGACGAAUUAUCCUGGGACGACUUAUUCGAAAGCGUACAGUACCCGUUGUGGGUAAAUUAUUCGUUAUAAACAGUCACAAUUUGUUGUAAAAUUGUAAUCUUUGGAAAGAAUUUUGUAUUGUUGAUAAUACCAAAAAUAUAUAAGCGAGCCUUAUAUGUUUUUGUUAAUACUAAUCGUUUUGUAAAGCCAUAUAUCAUGUAUCAUAGUAGGCUGAUGUAGUUAUGGUAUAGGUAAGGAAUUAGUAAGAAUCCAAACUUGUUCAGUACGAUCUCAAGAAACAAUCGCACAGUCCAGGAAUUUCAUUUUAUACCAUCAAAAUAUGAUAAUAAGAACGAAUCUAUGAGAACAUUGGAAACACGGACUUAUAUACACAGUAUAAGUUAAAAUACAGCCCGUAGCUAUUUUAAUUUGUCCUAUAAUUUAGUCUUUCUAACGUUACAUUCGGGUUCUUGUAAAUUGUCGAUAAUGGCCGACACGUUUGAUGUUUACUGGCCAUUCGCCACUUUAUUCAAGCAGCGAUUUGGAACUGCCUGACAGGUAUUGACCAAUCAGAACAGAGCACAGAUAGCACGGCCAUGAUCACAUACGGGGGUUUUGAUUAGUCAAAAUCUGUCACCUGACACGAAGUCCAACAUGUUAUCCGCUUGAGGAAAGUGGCGAAUAGCCUCUGUGUAUUUAAAACGGCUUCGCACUAAAAUGGAGAAUCUGGACAGGAAAUAGCUUGAAUGUCCUGAAUUGAUAUUCUUCAGGUGAAGGUGUGCCCGCUAACCUAUGGGCAUGAGUAGACUCUUUCACCAGUCUCCUUCCUUUCGUCAUUACUGAGGUAGCUGGUCGCUGGAGGGACGAGCUAAGGUACCCUGGUCAAGGGCAUGGGUUGUGACUGAUUCAGCAUAAUCCUCAUACAGCGUGAUUAGUUUCAUUUUCUGUGAGAUAGGAGAAAGCUAUCGGCGACUUGGUGUAACUUUAAUAUGACGUACUUGGCUACUUCCUAUUGACUCCCUUUAAUAGAACUUACGCCCGAUACGUCUACGAUUGUUUAUCGCUUUAGACCAGAAAUGAAUAGAGAAGGAAUUAUGUCCAGAGUGAGAUGCAUUCCUAUUCGAAGAAAUUCUUAUCUGGCUCUUGACACUGCACUUCGAGGCUGUCUCCCAGGAAGCCAUUUCAUGGGUCACGAAAUACGUUCGUCGAGGCCGUAUUUCGCAGGGUGUACUUUCUUAUAGAAAAUACAGAGCGGCACAUGUGGUUAGAACAGAGCGCAUCGCAGAAAAGUGAUAUUAUAGUGAUAUGCGAUAUUUAUCGCAUGCAACAAAAAUCACUAGUCUGGGGAGACUUUGCAGGUAGGCUUACCUGCCCCAUGAAUGUGUCAUCAUUGCGAUCUCGUUUGAAUAUCAAACCCAACGGUAACCAAUGUUCCUCGCAUACGAGCGAUCUUUUUAUUGCUCAUCGUAGCAAUAUAAGGUUAACAGAGAAACGAAACAGGUUUAUCAAAACAAUGUAUGUGGGUCCAGCUUUACUCUCUUACCAAUAUGCGACAUUGUAAAUUUCGAGUGAAAGUACAUGUAGAGCAGAACCUGCCUUGUAAUGGAAUACAUCUUGUUUUCUGAAAAGUCGCAACGUCUCCUGACUAAUUUUCCAGCAUCCCCAUCAUGUUUUGUAGCUCUGUAAAUACAUGUAUAGUUUGUAUUAGAAAAAUGAGAAUAAAAUCAUUUUGU